AGUCACGUGGCAGGUCAGGUGACCGCCCUGCCCGCCCCGCUCCCUGAUCGUCUCUGUCUGGGCGGUGCCGCGCCCCUCCGCACGUGGCGUCGCCGCUACCGUCCCCGCGCGGCCCGCAGCCAUGGCGCCCGGCCAGCUCGCCUUAUUUAGUGUGUCUGAUAAAACCGGCCUUGUGGAAUUUGCCAGAAACCUAGCUUCUGUUGGUUUGAAUCUGGUCGCUUCUGGAGGGACUGCAAAAGCUCUCAGGGAUGCCGGCCUGGCAGUCAGAGAUGUCUCUGAGCUGACAGGAUUUCCUGAAAUGCUAGGGGGGCGUGUGAAAACCUUGCAUCCUGCAGUCCACGCUGGAAUCUUGGCUCGUAAUAUCCCAGAAGAUAAUGCUGACAUGGCUAGACUUGAUUUCAAUCUUAUAAGAGUUGUCAUUUGUAAUCUGUAUCCCUUUGUGAAGACGGUGGCUUCUCCGGAUGUAACUGUUGAAGAAGCUGUUGAGCAAAUUGAUAUUGGUGGAGUCACCCUACUGAGAGCAGCAGCCAAAAACCAUGCCCGAGUGACAGUGGUGUGUGAGCCAGAGGACUAUGUGGCAGUGUCCACGGAGAUGCAGGGCUCUGGCAGUAAAGACACUUCCCUGGAGACCAGGCGCCAGUUAGCCUUAAAGGCUUUCACUCAUACAGCACAAUAUGAUGAAGCAAUUUCAGAUUAUUUCAGGAAACAGUACAGUAAAGGAAUAUCUCAGAUGCCCUUGAGAUAUGGAAUGAACCCUCAUCAAACUCCUGCCCAGUUAUACACACUGAAGCCCAAACUUCCCAUCACAGUUCUAAAUGGAGCGCCUGGAUUUAUAAACUUAUGUGAUGCUUUGAAUGCCUGGCAGCUGGUGAAGGAACUCAAAGAAGCCUUAGGCAUUCCAGCAGCUGCCUCUUUUAAGCAUGUCAGCCCAGCAGGUGCUGCUGUUGGAAUUCCACUUAGUGAAGAUGAGGCCAAAGUCUGCAUGGUCUAUGAUCUGUAUAAAACUCUUACUCCCGUAGCAACUGCAUAUGCAAGAGCAAGAGGGGCUGAUCGAAUGUCUUCAUUUGGUGACUUUGUUGCAUUAUCUGAUGUUUGUGAUGUUCCUACUGCCAAAAUUCUCUCCAGAGAGGUAUCUGAUGGUAUUGUGGCCCCAGGAUAUGAAGAUGAAGCUUUGAAAAUACUUUCUAAAAAGAAAAAUGGGAGCUACUGUGUUCUUCAGAUGGACCAGUCUUAUAAUCCUGAUGAAAAUGAAGUUCGAACUCUCUUUGGUCUUUGUUUAAGCCAGAAGAGAAAUAAUGGUGUCAUCAACAGGUCAUUGUUCAGCAAUGUUGUUACCAAGAAUAAAGAUUUGCCAGAGUCUGCACUCAGAGACCUCAUUGUAGCCACCAUUGCUGUCAAGUAUACUCAGUCAAACUCCGUGUGCUAUGCCAAGAACGGUCAGGUUAUCGGCAUUGGAGCAGGACAGCAGUCUCGGAUACACUGCACACGCCUUGCAGGGGAUAAAGCAGACUUCUGGUGGCUUAGACAUCAUCCCCAAGUGCUUUCAAUGAAGUUUAAAACUGGAGUGAAGAGAGCAGAAGUGUCCAAUGCCAUCGACCAGUAUGUUACUGGAACCAUUGGCGAGGAUGAAGAUUUGGUAAAGUGGAAGGCAUUGUUUGAGGAGGUCCCUGAAUUAUUAACUGAGUCAGAGAAGAAGAAAUGGGUUGGCAAACUUAAUGAAGUUUCUCUCAGUUCUGAUGCCUUUUUUCCAUUCAGAGAUAAUGUUGACAGAGCUAAAAGGAGUGGCGUGACGUACGUCGCUGCUCCAUCUGGUUCUGCUGCUGACAAAGUGGUGGUUGAGGCUUGUGACGAGCUGGGAAUGAUCCUGGCUCAUACAGAUCUCCGGCUCUUUCAUCACUGAUUCCAUCAUGCAUUAUUUUUUGGGAUGAUAAUGUGUCAGUGAAAAAUCACAUGUGAAAUUCUGAAAAUACCUGCUUAAAAAAAUAAAAUGUUAAGUUUUAAUAAACCUGGA